AUGUCCCAGAAGCCUCAGAAGAGCCAGAAGAAGCCGUCGGCCAAGCCGAAGGCAUCCGACAAGGAGGACAAGCAGAAGGAGGAUGCCGAGUUGGAGAUCGAAGCCCUGGCAAAGAAGUACAACACCAACCUCAAGAAGGGCCUUGGAGCGAAGAAGGCCGCCGAGAUCCUGGAGCGCGAUGGCCCCAAUGAGUUGGAGAAGCCCCCGAAGCCCACGCUGCUGAUGCUCUUCCUGAUGCAGCUCACCAGCUUCAUCAUCAUCCUCCUCAUGGUGGCCGCCGUGGCCUCCAUCCUGGUGAAUGCCACAGGCCCCGACGCUGCGGACCCCCUCUCCUACACCACGGGCAUCGCCAUCGGGAUCAUCGUCCUCAUCAACGCCGGCAUCGCGGCAUGGACGGAGCACAAGGCAGGGGAUGCCCUCGAAGCGCUCUCUAAGAUGACGCAAGCCAACAUCUACGUCCUGCGCGACGGCAAGGAGGUGCAGGUCCCUGUGCCAAGCGUGGUUGCUGGCGACAUCGUCGUCCUCGGAACCGGCGACGUCGUGCCUGCGGACCUGCGCCUCUUCGAGGCCAAGGACUUCAAGGUCAGCGAGAUGGCGCUCACAGGUGAACCCGACGACGUGGCGAAGACCUCCAAGGUGAAGGAGAAGAAGGAUGGGGCCCCUGAGAAGCUAACUCCCGAGACCAUGGCCUUCUCCGGCUGCAGCAUCACCAGCGGCCUGGGCCGCGGCCUGGUCACGGACACUGGCAUGAACACCCGCAUUGGCCGCAUCGCAAAGCUCAUUGCGGGCGAGGAUGGCGGGCAGAAGACCACCUGCUUCUGCUUCCCGGACACUUCUGGCAAUCAGACGCCCCUGCAGCAGAACCUGAACAAGCUGGGUGCACGCAUCGGUGUUCUGGCGAUCGUGAUUUGCGUUGGCAUUUUCAUCAUCGGCUGGGUCACGGACCGCAAAGACCCUUCGAAUCCCGAGAGCGCUGCUUGGCUUUACAUGAUCUUGGUGUCUGUCACCUUGGCGGUGGCUGCCAUUCCAGAGGGCAUCCCGCUCUGCGUGACCAUCUCCCUGUCACUCGGAUGUUCGGACAUGGUCAACCAGGAGGUGUUGGUCCGAAAGCUGGCGGCUGUGGAGACAUUGGGCUCUGCUUCCGUCAUCUGCAGUGACAAGACAGGAACACUCACCGAAGGCAAGAUGACGAUGGUCGGCAUGUACACGGCCGGGGUCACCUACGACGUGACCGGCAAAGGAUUCGACCCCGAGGUGGGCCAGGUGCAGCGCAGCGGGAGCAGCGCCAACAGCGGAAAGGACAUGGGGGUGAAGAGCAACUUGCUGGCAGCCAUCCUUUGCUGCAACACCACGCUCUCCAAGGAGAAGGACGAGGAUGGAGUGAUGAAGUGGACCCCCAAGGGCAACUCCUCCGAGGCGCCCAUCGUCGUGGCCGCGCGCAAGGUGGGCCUCUCGGAGACGAUCGCAAACGAAUACCCUCGAGUCCUGGAAGUACCUUUCUCAUCCUCCCGCAAGAUGAUGCUCACGGUGUCACAGGUGAAGGGUACGGAGAUCUGCCCCGGUGGGAUGCCCUUGCCUGCAGGCACCAACUACUUGGCUGUGUGCAAGGGCGCACCAAACGACAUCAUCGACCUUUGCUGUGAGCAGCUCAAGGAGGAUGGCAGUGUCGCAAAGCUCACGGAGGAUGACAAGAAGGACAUCCUGAAGAUCGUCGAUGGCUACUCCGCACGUGCCCUUCGAGUCCUCGCCAUCGCUGCCCGACCGAUGAGCUCCCUCCCCUACGACGAGAGCAACGAGGACAUCUCGACGGACCAGAAGUUCGAGGCAUGCCGGAAGCAGCUGCGCCUGAUUGGACUUGUCGCAUCCAUCGAUCCUGAGCGAGAUGGCGUUCCCGACUCGGUCCUUGCUGCCCGUGGUGCGGGCAUCCGCGUGGUGAUGAUCACCGGCGACUACCUGCUCACCGCUAUUGCCAUCGCCAAGAACGUCAACAUCCUUCAGCCCUGCGAUGACCCGGAUGUCUCUGCCGUGGACUGUGCUUGCCUCCGCCCCGAUGGCGAGUACUUGGAUUCCAAGGAGAUGGACAAGCUGACGGGCUCAGUCCGAGUCUUCGCCCGUGCAAAGCCCGAGGACAAGCUGGAGAUUGUGAAGAGCAUCCAGCGACAAGGACAGGUGGCAGCGAUGACAGGUGACGGAGUCAAUGAUGCCCCAGCCCUGAACCAAGCGGACAUCGGCGUCGCCAUGGGCAUCCAGGGUACCGAGGUGGCCAAGGGAGCCUCUGACAUGAUCCUGACCGAUGACAACUUCUGCUCCAUCGUGGCUGCUGUCGAGAAGGGGCGCGCCAUCUACGCGGGCAUCCAGAAGUUCGUUGCCUUCAUCAUGUCGGUGCACAUUGCCGAGGUCAUGCAGAUCUUCAUCUGCAUCGUGGUGGGCAUUCCGGUCAUGCGCACGCCUCUUCAGAUCCUCUUCCUGAUUCUGGUCACUGACUUGCCCCCUUCCAUUGCUUUGGGCGUCGAGCCAGGUGAGGCAAACAUCCUUAAGAUGCGCCCACGCCCGAAGGAUGAGCCAAUCGUGCUGGCCUGGAUGUGGCUGGCCAUGGUCAUGAAUGGCAUGGUCUUGACAACCGUGAUUGUCGCAGUGUACUUGAUCUCACUUAUGAACUUCUGCGACGGCGAGUUCCUGCAAGCGAACAUCUACCUGCUUGAUGACUAUGAGACCAAGUUAAGCUUGGCUCAGACGGUGGCAUUCAUCUCGCUGGUUUGGUCUGAAAACAUCCGCGCCUACAUCUCCCGUUCCUUCACGAACCCGAUGUGGCAUGACGUGCUGGGCAACAAGGAGAUGCAGAAGGCGAUCGUCCUGGCCCAGAUCUGCCUGUACGCAGCCGUGUUGACCCCUUACCUUUCGGACAAGAUCCUGGGACUGCGGGGUCUGGAGAUCGGCGUGUUCGGCUGGGCUCUGGCAAUUAUCGGCCCGGUGGGCUGCUUCAUUCUCUCGGAAGGCUGUAAGCUCAUCAGCGCCUACCAGGCCAGGAAAUACCAGGACUCUUUGGCAAUCUCGCAGUCUGAGACCCCAUCUUUACCCGUCAAGGGCAAAAUUGGGAAGCCAUCGAAGGCGGUGGCUGAAGAGCCCCUCAAAGGCCGCUGCGGAAGCUGCUGGGCGUGGUUUUGGUGA